UUGUGUUCAUAUAAAAAGUCAAACUGGGCCAGUGUUUUUUGGUGACCAAUGUUCUUCAGAAUAUCUUGUUUUGCGUUCUGCAGAAAAACGAAAGUCUUACAGGUUUGAAAUGACAUGAGAAUUUUACAUAUAUAAUUUAAAGCAAUUAUAUGCAUACAGUUGUUGUUUUACCUUUCCAAUACAGUAAAUAUCAUUACCAAGUGAAACAAUUUCUCUCCUAUGUACUGGUUUACCUAAAAGCCUCCUUCUCAUUAUUUGCACCCUGCUGUAAAACGUUUGUUGUCCGCAAUUGACUGUCUUGAAAAGGUGAAAGGGACAUGCAGGGUUAGAUCCUUGAUGGUAAUGCGGUUAACAGCUAGCUCUACAGGCACAGUUGAGAACGGAUGGCUCAGCGAAUCAGAGAGGCUGUGCGCAGCAAGACUGGACCAAAUACACUGUCAGAGCAUUAUUCCUGUUCCUCAAAGCUCUGCUUUCUCACCACCUCUUACACAUUAGAGGGAAUGUAUUAACUCAAUACAGAUUUUGUUUGCAAUUAUAAAAAUAUACUUUAUUACCUGUUUACAAUGCUUGUGAGGAAGUUUCCAGAUGGGGACAUUAUCCAUUUAUCCAUUUCCGCCAAGAGGAUUAGUCUCAGGCAGAUUAGCAAGGCCAUCUCUCAAUCUAAAUGCUAUCACAUACUACAGACAGUAACCACCUGUCUGCUACCUGAGAGGACAUCAGAUGGACCUCGGACACUUGCGGGCAUUGGAGACUGGAAUGAUUGGGGUGGAUGUGUAUCUGUAUCCAGAUGGUCUGAGGGUCGCUACACCAGAAGAUAUAGAGAGGUGGGAAUCUGAGAGGGAAAUGUACGAUCAGAAUGUACGUCUCUUUGUGGCUCUUUUCUCCUACAAUCCAGCCAUGAUGUCACCAAACCAUGAAACAAUGGAAGAGGAGCUGCCGUUCGAACAAGGACAGGUUAUUAAAAUCUAUGGAGAUAAAGAUGCUGAUGGUUUCUACAGUGGGGAGUUGGGUGGUCACUUUGGUUUUGUGCCAAGCAACAUGGUAUCUGAGAUUCCUGUGGAGGAUGAAGAGUUUAAACAGUAUCUGUUACAGCAGGGCUAUUUACAAGAGGAGACAAAUUCUAUAGCAACUAGUGAAUCUUUUGAAGACAGUUUGAAGGUCCACAGGAUGGUGGCCAUCUUUGAUUAUGAUCCUUGGGAAAGUUCUCCAAAUAUGGACUUUGAGGCUGAGCUUCCCUUCCGUGCAGGCGAUAUAAUAUAUGUUUUCGGAGAAACGGACAGAGAUGGAUUUUAUUGUGGAGAUCUACAUGGCUAUCAAGGUCUCGUGCCAUCAAACUUUUUGCAGCCAUUGCCAUGGGAUUAAAGAAAACGAAUAAUCAUAAAUUAUCAACAGUUUAAUGACCUGUGAUUGUGAUUAUAAUCCUUACGCAAAGAAAAUAUAUUUUCCUAUAUAUUAACUGUUAAUAUGUUAAAUAAUGUAAUA